GUGAUGGUUGUGGGCACAUGGUGACCUAUCAGGACAGUGGCACAAUGACAUCUAAGAAUUACCCAGGAACUUACCCCAAUCACACAGUCUGUGAAAAGACGAUCGUGGCCCCAGAGGGGAAGAAGCUGAUUCUGAGGCUGGGCGAUGUGGAUAUCGAGUCCCAGACCUGUGCCUCCGCCUCGCUCCUCUUCAUGAGCUCUGUGGAGCAGUACGGUCCGUAUUGCAGAAGUGUGGCCGUUCCCAGAAAACUCGUGCUGAACACCAGUGAAGUGACUGUGCGUUUUGAGAGCGGAUCCCAUAUCUCUGGCCGGGGCUUCCUGCUGACCUAUGCCAGCAGUGACCACCCAGAUUUAAUAACGUGUUUGGAACGAGGUAACCAUUACUUGAAGACAGAGUUCAGCAAAUUCUGCCCGCCUGGCUGUAGAGAUGUAGCAGGAGAUGUUUUUGGGAAUGUGGCUGAUGGCUACAGAGAUACCUCUCUGCUCUGCAAAGCUGCCGUCCACGCGGGAGUGAUCGCAGACGAGCUGGGCGGCCGUAUCCACGUGCUGCAGCACCGAGGGCUGAGCCGCUACGAAGGAGGCCUGGCCAAUGGGGUGCUGUCCAGGGACGGCUCCCUGUCCGGAAAGCGGUUCCUGUUUACCUCCGAUGACUGCAGCGGAGCCCUGGGCGCCGACCCCCGCAUGCAGUUCCGGGCGUCUUCCUCCUGGCAGGGUGUCAGCGACACUGGACAGCCCACUCCCUGGUCUCCUGGCCAAGCCCAACUGCAAGACCAAGGCCCGUCGUGGGCUGCGGGCGACAGUAGUGGCCACGAGCAACAGUGGCUGGAGAUAGACUUGGGGGAAGAAAAGAAGCUAACAGGAAUUAGGACCACAGGAUCCACACAGCCAAAUUUCAACUUCUACGUUAAGAGUUUUGUGGUGAACUUCAAAAACAGCUCUCAGUGGAGGACCUAUAAAGGACUGGUCGACAAUGUGGAGAAGGUGUUCCAGGGCAACACGAACUGCCAGGACCCAGUGCGCAACAACUUCAUCCCGCCCCUCGUGGCCAGAUACGUGCGGGUCCUGCCCCGGGCCUGGCACCAGCGGGCUGCACUGAAGGUGGAGCUCCUGGGCUGCCACGUCACGCAAGGAGAUGAGGCAACCAAAUGGCAAGAAACAAGUCCAGACACCUGGCUUUCAACGGAGACAGAAGAGCCACCCACAGAGCCCAACUCAGUCCCCGAGGAGGAAGGGCCCCCAGCUGGAGCAGGACUGGACGUGACCACUGUGGCCAUCCUGCUGGUCCUCCUCGGGGCCCUCCUGCUGGCUGCGGUGGGGGUCUCUGCAGCCUUCAGAAGGUUACCAGACGCCCCUGGACGCCCUCGGCGCGGACUCUGCGGCCCGAACGGGCUCCACCUUCCGGCCCACGGACGCGCACGAGUACGCGCUGCCGCUGGCGCGCGCCCGGCCCGAGUAUGCCACGCCCAUCGCCACGCCCUCCGCCGGCGGCCACGCCCCCGGCUACAGAGUGCCCGCGCCUGCGCGCGCGUCCGACGGGGAUCCGGGCUACGACUGGCCGCGGGCUGGGACCCCGGACGGGGACGCGCGUGGGGGCCGCCUGCCGUGAGCCGGGCCACCGACCCCAGAGCGGGACGAGCGACACCUCCGACGGCGUGUCCACUCCGCGCGCGUCGCAAAGCUGCGGCGGUGCCCUGUGCGAUCUGUC